AUGCCUUCGAAGGCUCCCUCGACCAAACUAAACAUUGCAGUCGUCGGCUUGGGUAGAAUGGGCAAACGCCAUGCAAAGACCCUGAUGUAUCGCGUCCCUCACGCCAAUCUCGUCGCCGUCUGCUCGAACGAUGAGACUGAACUCAAGUGGGCUCGCGAGUUUUUCAAAGACAGCAACAUCGAAGUCUUUGCCUCUUUUGAUCAAAUGAUCGAGAAGGAAGGGCUUCAAGCUGUUUGGGUGUCUACCAGCACCAACGUUCAUGCUUCCAUGACUACUGCUUGUAUCAAUAAGAAUCUGCACGUUCUUUGCGAGAAGCCUGUCUCCCAGAAUUUGCAAGAGGCUCGUGAUGUAUGCGCCCUUGCAAAGCAAAACCCUCACCUCAAAGUCAUGGCCGGCUACUCCCGUCGUUUCGAUGCCUCUUACAGGUCCGCCAAAGCUCAGAUCACUUCCGGCAGUAUCGGCAAACCAUUCCUCGUACGCUCCCAAACCACCGAUCUCCUCGACACUACCGGUUUCUUCGUCCGCUAUGCAGCCAAAAACGGUGGCAUCUUCUACGACUGCGCAAUCCACGAUAUCGAUCUGACUUUGUGGUUGCUGGGAGAUGUCAAGCCCAAGGCCUGUUGGGCUGUGGGAACCAUCACCCAUCAUCCCGAAUUGAAAGAGCUCAAUGAUGUAGACAAUGGUGUUGGUGUUGUCGAGUACACUAAUGGAUGUCUUGGAUAUUACUACGUCAGCAGGACUCAAGCUCACGGUCAUGAUGUGUGCACCGAAGUCACCGGAUCGGCUGGGAAAUUAUCCAUCAAUGUGCAACCCCGCAGCGAUUUUGUCGAGUUGGCUUCAAGCAAUGGUAUCUCUCAUCAGGUGCAGCCGGAGUAUUGGGAGAGAUUCGAAGACGCGUUUGCCACCGAGGCCAUCGAAUUCUGCGAGAGUGUCUUGGAGGACAAAGAUGUUCCUGUGGCUUUGGACAUUGGGAUACAGAGUUUAGAGAUUGGCUUGGCUUUGCAGGAUGCUUUGCUCAGUGGUCAAGUCCAAAAGUUUGAUGAGGAGGGACAUCAGAUCAAGGCUUGA